AUGCAACAACAUAGGAGACCGAUUUGGCACGACUUUUCGUGGAGCUUCCCCGCGUUAUUGCUGCUUAGCAUAGCGUCUCCUAGCAAAUACUAGUGUAGCUCAGGGACACCGUGUCAUUUAGAAACAUUCCCUCAGAACUGAACCAACACCUGGACUCAUCUCAUUAGGACAAACACCCUGUGUAGGAGGCAGUUCGUUUGGACGGGUCGGACAGUGUGCAGUUUGACAGCAAAAAGAAUAAGUGCUAGCUCUCCAUCCAGCGUUUCCAUGCAACAAGCGCGAGCGGCUGUGAAGGCACGAGACACACGGAGGGACGGCGCAGUGCAGCAGGUGUGGUUUAGGUCUGUGUAGGAGCCCCGCGCGCGCCCUUUGUACCAGAUGGAGCGACGAGAUGAUGGGGGUGAGGAGGUCGGGAGCGUAACGCACCACAAUAGUGCGGAGGAAAGCGGUUCGCCUCCUCUGCUUUGUGAGCACAGCCCACAGCAGAACGAGCCCACCACAAUGAGAACAGGUGACACCUACCAGCCAGUCCCUGGGGAGGACAAGAACCCCGACAUGGAUUUUGUCAACACUAGUUCAAAAAGCAAGCAAUCCAUACACAUGAAAAAUCGCUAUGCGGAUGAUGGGUCAUCGUAUCCACAGCUUGGCCCUUACUUCUCUGAUGGGCAGCGGCGAGUGGACUAUGUGCUGGUCUAUGACAUCGAACAGCCUGCCAGCGUACAGCAAAACUCAUCCAUAUUUGGCAAAAACAGCUUCAUCCAACGGCUGCGGCGCAGACUGAGCAGCCGAGCUCCACUGCAGCCAAAAGAAGACCCAGAGAUCGCAGCCCAGGAGCAACAGGCGCACUAUCACGAGGAUGACAAGCGCUUAAGGCGGGAGGAGUUUGAGGACAACAUCCUGCAGACUGGGCUUGAGCUGGAAAAGGAAGAAAAGAUCUCUGGAAUGGGCUAUUUGAAGAUCCAUGCUCCUUGGAAUGUUCUGUGUCGUGAGGCUGAGUUCAUGAAACUCAAAAUGCCAACAAAGAAGGUCUACGAAGUGAAACAAGGCAGCAAUUUGGUGGAGAAGAUCCGACUGUAUAUUCAUAAAAUCACAGCCCCUCUUCACCCAAAAGUAGGCGCCAACCAGCAAGAAAACAGAAAACCUCUCUCUCACCCUUUCUCCAGGGAGAAGCAGCACCUAUUUGAUCUUUCUGACAGAGACCAGUUCUUUGACAGCAAGACCAGGAGCUCAAUAGUACAUGAGGUAUUGAAGAGGACAAAAUGCAGGAGAGCCAGAUACUCAAUGGGAAUCACCAGUCUGCUAGCCAGCGGUACCUAUGUGUCUGGGUAUCCACUGCAUGAUGGAGACAUUGAGGGAGUGGAUGCAGAUCGUAAUGACAGGAGGCUGUUGUAUGAAGAGUGGGCCUGCUACAGUGUCUUCUACAAGUACCAGCCCAUAGGACUCAUCAGGAAGUAUUUUGGGGAGAAGGUUGGACUUUAUUUUGCCUGGUUAGGAGUUUACACACAGAUGCUGAUUCCUGCAGCCAUCAUUGGAGUCAUUGUAUUCCUCUAUGGCUGUGCCACCGUUGAUGACAACAUACCCAGCAUGGAGAUUUGUGAUCCCAGGAACAACAUCACCAUGUGUCCUCUGUGCGACCGCGUAUGCAGCUACUGGAGGCUGGCGACGGCAUGCGGUACAGCCCGAGCCAGCCACCUGUUUGACAACCCAGCCACCGUGUUCUUCUCAGUCUUCAUGGCCCUGUGGGCUGUUCUGUUCAUGGAGCACUGGAAGAGACGACAGAUGAGACUCAAUUAUAUCUGGGACCUGACAGGCUUUGGAGAGGAAGAGCAGGAGGAGCAUAAGGACCACAACCGAGCGGAGUAUGAGUUCAAGGUCAUGAAGAAGACAAUGAGAAAAGAACACAAGCAUGAUAAGAAUGAGAAGGUGAAGCUGACAUGUACAGACAGACUGCCUGCUUACCUGACUAUCUUGAUGACAAUGGCCUUCCUGAUUGUUGUGACAUUCGCCAUAGUCUUCGGAGUUAUCCUGUACCGCAUAAGCAUUAGGGCAGCACUACAUAUGAGCACCUACCCUGCAGCAAGGUCCAACAUCAGAGCCACUGUCAAAACCACUGCUGCCAUUAUCAAUCUCAUCAUCAUUAUCAUCUUAGAUGAAGUCUAUGCUGCCAUCGCCCGCUGGCUCACCACACUGGAGGUUCCAAAGACAGACAAGAGCUUUGAGCAACGCCUCAUCUUCAAAACUUUUAUUUUGAAGUUUGUCAAUGCCUUCACACCCAUUGUCUAUUUGGCCUUUUUCAGGGGCAGGCUAGUUGGACGGCCUGGAAACUACUUGUAUGUUAUUGGAUCUUACAGGAUGGAAGAGUGUGCCCAUGCCGGCUGUCUCAUGGAGCUGUGCAUUCAGCUCUGCAUCACCAUGCUAGGCAAGCAGCUCAUCCAGAACAACCUGUUUGAGAUCGGCAUACCGAAACUGAAGAAAAUGCUCCAGAAAAAGAAACCGGGCAGCCAGCAGGAGGAGUUGAACAAAACCAUGCAGCGGCACGAGAAGGACAAUUUGCUAUGUCCAUUUGUUGGUCUCAAUCCUGAGUACAUGGAGAUGAUCAUACAGUUCGGAAUGGUGACACUUUUCGUGGCCUCUUUCCCUCUGGCUCCACUCUUUGCUCUGCUAAACAACAUCAUAGAAAUUCGCUUGGAUGCCAAGAAGUUUGUGAAGGAGCUGCGCAGACCGAUUGCAGUUAAAGCCAAAGACAUCGGAAUCUGGUACAACCUCUUGAGAGGUCUCAGCAAGGUAGCAGUUAUUGUUAACGCCUUUGUCAUCGCCUUCACCUCUGACUUCAUCCCUCGGCUGGUCUACCAGUACAAGUACAGCCCGGACGGCACCAUGCAUGGCUUCGUUGACCACACUCUGUCCUACUUCAAUGUAAGUGAUUUUCAGGAAGGAACAGAACCUCUGGAUCCAAUGCACCUAGGCUACAAGGUGGAAAUAUGCAGGUUUAAGGACUAUAGAGAGCCUCCUUGGUCCAGCACACCAUAUGAACUGUCUAAGGAGUUUUGGGCCAUCCUGGCAGUCCGCCUCGCUUUCGUUAUUGUAUUUCAGAAUGUGGUGAUGCUUAUGAGUGACUUUGUGGACUGGCUGAUCCCAGACAUCCCCAAGGACAUUAGUCUCCAGAUGCACAAGGAGAAGGUCAUGAUGGUGGAACUGUUUAUGAAGGAGCAGGGCCAACGACUUGUAGCGCGGGACAACUAUAACCAGGACAACUGCGCCUCUACUUCCCCCGCCGGUGAAUCUCCGACACAGCCUCGCUCGCGGCCCAUUACACACAAUGACUGAAGAAACUGGGAGCUAAGACAUAAAGCUUCUCUGAAAAGGCUCCUCCAAUAAAUAGCUUUUGUUGAUUUCACGUAGUCUUGAUGGGACAAAAGUUAGAAAACGCUGUUUGCCUCUCAAACUUUGCCUGUUGUGUUGUUACAUUACAUUUUUCAGCAAACCAGACACUGCAUUACUGAACAUUAACCAACAAUCCAGUUAAUAUCUAAGCGAUACACAAAAUAAAGUCAUGAAUAAUUAUUUUUAUUAUAAAAUUAUGUAUUUGCAGGAAACAAUUUGUUGAUGUGUGUUUGAGAUAAAAGUACCAAAUUUAAGCACAAUCGCAAAUUUGCAAAUCAUAUGGUUAGUCAGCAUUCAUACCUGCGAGUCCCCUUCUGCAGGACUUAGAAUCAGUUUUUAUUUUGAACAUAGCAUCUUUUAUUACAGUGUGUCUGAUAGAUGGAAUUUUUUUCUUCCGCUAUCGGGCAUUUUGCAUUUUAUUUUUUAUUUAUAAAACAAUGCAGGAAUUUACUGAUGUAUUUUUUUCAUAUAUAGUAUGUACAUUAUGUCUGGAAUGCUUAUUUCAUUAUUCUUCAAAAAUGUUUAUAAAUCUUACAUUUUGAUUUAAACUAAAAGCCUAACAAUUCUCAUUGGUGUUGCUCUGGCAAACAGUCAAGUAAUGUUCUAUUUCACUUAAGUAAGAGUUCAUGUACAAGACUGCAAGUACUUUUUACCCUCGCCUGACAUGGGAGAAAUAAUUUGCCAAAUUCUGACCAUCCAAUCCAAGUUCAGACUUGUUUUCUUUGGCGAGGAUGUUGUUACACAUUUGGUGCAGUUCUGGAAAACAGAAGCACAGCAAACAUUCAAAAUGUGUUGCACAUUCAAUCUUGGUUUUAUAACCGUUACAAGCCCAGUGUUUAAAUGAUUUACACACAGCACUGGUGUAAUGAAAAUGGGGCUUGUGUGUAUAAAGUGUGUGCCAUUAGAGUUGUAUCACGUUUGAAAGAUGCAUCUGCCGCCAAUUAGGAUUGAGCAUGUUUUUUCUAAUUCACAGGGACUUUUGUUUUUAACUAAUGUGGGAACCAAUUGGUGCGUGGAAAGAUACACCAUGUCAAUGUUAUUGACUCUUUUAGCCUUGCCUUAUAUGUAUGUUCCUGCUGCUCGGGGCUCGUUUAUUCAUCUUUGUCACUGACAUUUUAAGCAAGUUUUUAUACAAUGAAAAUCAAUAAAGCCAGAGAAGACAACACUUCCAUAUUAUCUUGCCUUAUAUGAAUCUUGUAAAUCAUUUGAAAAUGUUGCUAAAGCAGUGACUCUUUAACUCACAAAGCACAAAGACUGAAAGGUUUUUCUUUUUUUAACGAUCGAAAUGCAAAAAAACAACGCAUGAUUUGUGGGAUGGUUGAGUGCUGUAAACUGAAGUCAAACCCUCUUCAGAUACAUAUUCCCCCUGUGUCAUCUACUCAGACUGACAGAAUGUAUUAUUACAUUUUCCAGUGAUGUUAAAUCACUCUUGCCAUAGGUCAAACGAAUGUGAGUGUAUCAUUUAAGUUCUCAUCCCACAGGGGACCACUGAUCUGUUAGAGACAGCACUUCAACUUUUUAUUUAGGGAGGAGUUGGUACCAUUGUGAUUCUGUUUGACUGUAUUUAGAAGAACAUCUGUUAAAAGUGCAAAAAUGUUCUUUCUGGUAUGUGAUUUGUUUGAGCAAAAACUGCACAAUUACUUAAUAUUGGUAAAUAAUAUUGAUACAAUGAAUAUUGUUAGUAGGUUAGAAGCCGGUACUGUUUUAGAUGAUAGAUUGUGUGUUGUCACAAGGCUGCAGAGAUUCUAUAGUUAGAAUAUUUCCUCAGAAAGUCUUAUAAUCUGAUGUCAUAUAUGGAGACCGUCCCUCCAUGUCUACAUUCCGGCGUCUGUUGCUAUGUUGUAUUUACAGCAUCAGUGAAACACUCUGACAUUCUAAUAUCUACUUCAAUGCAUCUCAGUGUGAUUUCACAAUGUGCAUGUUUCCCUGAUUUGUCUGUCUGUGAUAUUUUAAAUGUCUUUUUGUUUAACUGCAAAUAAAAUAAUUCAAGUGCCA